AUGGCCGUGCUUGGAACAGAUAAGGUAGUCGACAUUUUCCCUCUCGAUCAAACGCCCGAGUGCACACUCGCUGUCGAUCCCGCCUACAAAAUGGCGCGCACGGAGAGCGCAUGCCGGCUGAAACUUCUUCGUGCCGAUGUGUCAAACGAGUUAUUGCCGGCCGGCUGUUCCGCCAACGACUUGCUGCCUGCGGUGAACGUGAAGGAGAAAAUCGAAGUUAACGGUGAGUCUCGACUAGUCCAAAAGAAGAAAACAAUCUAUCCAGAAUGGGAGAAAUGCUGGGACACGGCAGUGACUGAAGGCCGGAUUCUACAGAUAGUUCUGAUGUACAAUCAAACGCCUGUGGUUGAAGCGACUAUGCGGUUAGAGGUGGGUCUGUUGAAUGCGUGA